AUGGCUGCCGAGAAAAAAGCCACCAUUUUGUCGUUACAGAGGACGCUAAGUGCGAUUCAACAGCGUGCCUCUAAAAUAAUGAUUUUCGUGACCGCGUUCAAAGAUGAAGAUGAUCCUUUAAUGCUAGAAACUCGUGGAAAGGUUUUAGACGAGAUGCGAAUUACCUAUUUCGAGACUGAAAGCAAGUUGUAUGGACUAGUUAAAGACGAUGAAGUCCCUAUAAUCGAAAAGGAAAGUGAAGAGUUUUUCGACUUAUUGAGUGAAAUUCGGUACCAAAUCAUGAAAAAGGUGAAGGCGUUGUCAAAGCCUCCUGAAGCAAUGACCUCAGAUACAAGUUUCGCCCAGAAACCUAACCCCGAUUUGUGCAUAAAACUACCGGAAAUUUCGUUGCCAAAGUUCAAUGGCCAUUAUGAACAAUGGUUAUAUUUUCGCAGUCAGUUAAAUCUGCUUGUUCGUCGAAAUGAUUCGUUAAACGAUCAACAGCGGUUACAUUAUUUGCGGUCGUGUCUGUCCGGUGAAGCUGCCACAAUUGAAACACCAGAAGAAUCGUUUGCGUCCUUGUGGAUGGCGUUGGAAGCACGUUACGAAAAUCGUCGCUGGCUAGUUGACCGCCAUCUUGCAGACAUUUUUCAACUCAAGCAAAUUCAAGUUGAAUCUUCUUCUGCCCUGCGCGAACUAAUUAACAUCGUACAGAAGAAUCUCCGAGCUUUGUCGUCGUUAAAAUUGCCGCUCGAUGCACUUUCCGAGUGUAUGGUAGUGCAUGUGGUUGCUUCUCGUCUCGAUAAACAGACACAUAAAGAUUUCGAGUCCCACGUGGUCGGUACAAAGCUAGUGAAAUGGCAAGGGAUGGUUGACUUUUUGCAAAAUCGUUGUCGCAUUCUAGAAAAUCUAGAGCAAGAUCAUAAGUUGGCGUCCCACAGUAAUACAAAACCGUCGGCAAACAAGUGGAAGCCGAAUGUGUUAGUGAGCUCUAAUCGUGAUUCAGACUAUAGAAGCAAAUUUGCCUGUUUCAAUUGUAAGGGCGGGCAUUAUAUAAACGAGUGCCGCAACUUUUUGUCGAAAUCCCCAACCCAACGUUUUCAACGAGUGAAAGAACUUAAGCUGUGUGUAAAUUGCUUCAGCAACCGUCACAUUGUCGCCGAGUGUAAAAGUGGUACGUGUAAGGAAUGUGAUCUUCGUCAUAAUACUUUGCUACAUUUUGAAACGAAGUCAACGGAGGCGAACACCGACACGAAGUCCAAUCCCGUUCGUGUCGAGUUGUGCACAAUGCUUCAACCAGUCCAGUCGUGUGAGCAAUUUAACUCUGCCUCGAUGAAUACGCACGGACCAGAGGCGUAUUGUUUUCCGAGCGAAAGUACAGUGUCAAAAAGGGUUCAGUUGAUGGCAGUAAACGAUCAAGCAUUGUUGCACACUGCUUUAGUACAGGUUCGCAGCAGUAGUGGUGAACUUCAAGAAUGCCGUGCUGUUCUCGAUUCGUGUGCGAUGUCGACGUUUAUGACAACUGCGUGUGCAAAGAGGUUGCGACUUAAAACCUUUUCAUCGAACGUGUCUGUUGUUGGAUUUGGGGGAGCAGGAAGGCAAAUUACAGAAUCAGUUGUCGCCCAUGUUAGUUCAAGGUCAUCUUAUUUCGAAUCGAUGGCUAAAUUUUUGGUUACCCCUCGAAUCACAAAUAAAUUACCGUUGCGAUCUUUUGAUAUUGCCAAUUGGAAUAUUCCCGACUGGAUAGAUCUUGCGGAUCCACAGUUUAAUAAAACAGCGAAAAUUGAUAUCCUUUUCGGAAUCGUUGAAUGGGACAAAAUGAUGCUGUUUAAGUCCUAUACACUAUCGAAAGAGCUUCCGACCUUCCGACAGACAGUAUUUGGCUGGGUUGCAGGUGGGCAUGUAAAGGAGAGAGAUAGUUACCCUCAAGUGCAAGUGCUCUCAGUGACGAAUGAACAAUUAGACAAACAAGUUUCGAAAUUCUGGUGUAUCGAAAAUUACGGUUCCGAAAAUAGUUGGUCCGUCGAAGAACAAGCCGCGGAAGAUCAUUUUGUAUCGAACCACAGUCGUGAUGUUACAGGUCGGUAUACUGUAGCGCUACCGUUCAGAAGCAUGGAAAUUGACCUUGGAGACUCUAGACAUAUGGCUCACCGCAGGUUCCUUCUUUUGGAGGCGAGACUCACGAAGGAUCAGAAACUUUACGCUGAUUAUAAACAAUUUAUGCAGGAGUUCAUCGACCUGGGCCAUAUGGAACAAAUUGGCACGUUCAACCCAGUAGAGUUGCAAUCGGAAAAGCAAUAUUUUUUGCCGCAUCAUGCUGUCAAACGCCCAGAUAGUAGUACGACGAAACUCAGGGUGGUGUUCGAUGCUUCGGCUAAAACUAGCAAUGGAAAAUCGCUGAAUGAUCAACUUAUGGUGGGACCAACGUUGCAACCCCAGCUUGUCGAUACGCUGCUUCGCUUUCGAACGUACAAGGUCGCGGUCACAUCCGAUGUUUCGAAAAUGUUCCGACAAAUUUUAGUACGCAAAGAAGAUCGACGUUUCCAGCAGAUUCUUUGGAGAUCCAGUACCAAGGAUGAAAUCGGUGUUUAUCAGUUAACGACAGUUACCUAUGGUACUGCCAGCGCCCCGUUUUUGGCAGUCCGGACACUAAUGCAGAUUUGUGAAGAUGAAGCAGAGCAGUAUCCCCUUGCAGCAGAAGUUGGCAAGAAAUCGGUAUAUGUCGACGAUGUUUUAUUCGGUGCUGAUACGGUAGAGGAAGCACGAGAGUUGAAAGGGCAACUAGCUGCUAUGCUCGAAAAGGCAGGAUUCGAGUUGCAUAAGUGGUGCUCAAAUAGCAAAGAGGUGUUGGCUGAUAUUCCCGAAGCCAGGCUGGAGCAAAAGGUACUGCUGAACAAAGAAGGCCGAACUAAAACCCUUGGGUUAACUUGGCAACCCGAUGAAGAUGUAUUCAGUUUCGAAGUUAUGUCAAUUGCCUUUGACGAAGGAGUACCGACCAAACGAACAAUUCUCUCAGACAUAUCAAAGUUAUUCGAUCCACUUGGCCUAGCAGGACCAGUUAUUAUGACGGGCAAACUCAUCAUGCAAGAACUAUGGAAAGAGAAACUAAAUUGGGACGAGCCGCUGGAAGCUGGUAUAGAAAACAUGUGGAACGAGUAUCGACUACAGUUACAGACGAUGAACACAAUUCGGAUUAGUCGCUGUGUACUUCCAUUGUUGCAAACAGAAUUUGUAGAACUUGCUGGGUUCUGUGAUGCAUCGCAGAAGGGCUACGGAGCAUGUUUGUACUUAAGGUCACGAAACUCGCAAGGUCAAAUCUCCAUUCGUUUACUAUGCUCAAAAUCUCGCGUCGCACCUAUCAAGGGAAAUCGAACCACGAUUCCGCGCCUAGAGCUAUGUGGAGCUCGUUUGCUCGCUCAAUUAGCAGAUAAUGUAAGACGAUCCCUACCAGUUACCGUGAACCGAGUUCGUUUUUGGUCCGACUCCACUAUUGCUCUCAGCUGGAUCAACACUUGCCCCAGUAAACUGGAUGUUUUUGUAUCAAACCGUGUCGCUGCAAUACAACAGCUGUCCGACCCAAGCGAAUGGUGUCACGUCAGCACGCAUGACAAUCCGGCAGAUUUGGUCUCACGUGGAAUUAUGCCCCAAGAGCUUCAUUCAUCUAAACUUUGGUGGUGUGGACCGCCAUUCCUACGUAAAAACGAUAUCGUCUGGCCAAAGGGAGUGCAGCUGGUUGACCCCAUGCAGCUGCCAGAAUUGAUCCAGGUUACCGCCAUGCCCGCAGUGGUCGAAAGGCUGCAUUUAUUCGACAAUUGCAGCAAGUACAACAUAAUGCUUCGAGUCGUCGCGCGUAUCAAGCGCAUGUUCCAGAAUCGUCAGCGUAGUGCAGAGAAUCAACGUCGUGGAGAGUUUAGUGCAGAGGAAAUGCGAUACGCCAAGCUUACAAUUGUUCGUCUCGUCCAGAAGGAGAGCUUUCCGGAAGUAUUCGCCCAAUUACGAGAGGAGGUAACAUCGAAGAACCAUUCGCUAAUACCGCUUUCUCCGUUUGUAGACAACCACGGACUACUGAGGGUCGGUGGACGUCUAUCGAAAUCGGCCUGCUCAUAUGAUACAAAACACCAGAUGAUCCUUCCCAAGAACCAUCCCGUCACAGGUGCAAUCAUCCGGUCUUUCCAUGAGUCCAAUAUGCACGCCGGUAUUCAGGUCACACUUGCUGCAACCAGAAGGGAAUUUUGGAUCAUCAGAGGAAGAAGCGUGGUCAAGCAGGUCAUCAAGAGCUGUGUCGUUUGUUUCAAGAGCAAUCCCCGUCCAAUUCAACAGUACAUGGGUGAUUUGCCAGCUUGCCGUGUGGAAGGACAGUAUCCGUUUUAUCGAGUCGGUAUCGAUCUCUGUGGACCAGUAUUCCUGAAGCAGCGCAAUAAACGUUCCACCGUCGAGUAUAAAGGAUGGAUUGUGCUUUACAUUUGUCUGGCAACAAAAGCGAUCCACCUCGAGUUGGUCAGCGAGUUAUCAACCGCAGCAUUUUUGGCAUCAUUCGAUCGUUUCGUUAGCCGUCGAGGUAGACCUAUUGCAGUUUGGACCGACAACGGCACAAAUUUUGUUGGCGCCGCUAAUUUGUUGAAAGAAUGGGAGAAGUUUUUUAAGAGUUUCGACAACCAAGACGACAUUCUACGAGCCUACGGCAACAGUGUCGAGUGGCACUUCAAUCCCCCAGAAGCACCGCACUUCGGCGGUAUUUGGGAAUCAAACAUCCGUCAAACCAAGGUGUUAUUGUUGAAGCAUACAGCAGCAGCAGCUCUGAGUUUCGAAGAGUUCUCAACCGUUUUGUGUCGAAUUGAAGCGGUUUUAAAUUCGAGACCGCUCACUCCGCUAUCGGACGAUCCAGAGGAUUUUGAGGCGUUAACUCCGGGACACUUUUUGGUAUUUCGAUCUUUGAACGCUGUCGCACGUCCCGUAGUCAUCGAUCAACGUAAGCAUCCUAGGCAACGAAAUGAACACAUCACCGCUAUCAUUCAGCACUUCUGGAAUCGUUGGCAAUCGGAGUAUCUUUCGUCGCUACAAGUACGAUACAAGUGGCACAAGAAGGUAGAAGUCGAAGUAGGUCAACUUGUGCUCAUCAAAAAGGACAACAUGCCAGUUCAGAAAUGGCUACUUGGCCGUAUUAUCGAGGUCAUCCCUGGUACCGAAGGUGUUGUACGAGUCGUCGACGUCAAAACUGAGAAUGGAAUUUUGCGAAGACCUGUAUCGAAGCUGUGCUUUCUACCCAUCGACCCAAAGCAGAGUUUCGAAAGGGACACCUUUCAACGGCGGGAGGAUGUUCAGAAUAAUCUGAUCGAAUCGGCAUCACUGCAAUAA